AUGCGACACUUACACGGUCCGUCGGGGGCUGAAUGUGACGAUCCCACGGAGCAAAUCGAAUCGGCACUAGACUACGCUUCGCACGUGCUGAAUUUACCGUUUGACCAGAAAGUUGUCCGAACGAGGAGUUCCAUUGAAAGUCAAUUUUCGAAGUUGUCCGUAGCGGAAUGCGGGGCGCAUCAAGAGCAAGUCGUGUCCGCCCUUUGCAUACGAGCAUCCGCACGUGAUCCUGAAUAA